GAACGACCAGAACAGGAAGCACUUAUUUAAGUGUCGGUAAACGUGAAUUAAAUUGAUUUCAUGUUGUGAUUGCACCCUAGUAUUUCUCAGUUUUAUCAUCUGCCUUGCAAGUUCCAAGGGACCCACAGUUUAGUUUUAGAUACAACAAUACAAAUCAAGGUGUUUUUUUCGCUAUCGACUAGUUUGAUCAAGUUUGCAAUUUUACUGAAAGGAAUAAGGAUGAAGAUCGUUAGUUGGAGUUUGUAAUUUGUAGCAAAGAUGCAUUACGAACAUUUUAUUUUAUCUACCAUCUUGUGGACCAUCAUCUUUGCUGAUGCUGUUCGUGGCGGUAUUAGCAAAGACUCAACAUUAUGUGGUCGCAUGACUUGCAACGUUCCAGUCGAAAGAAAGUUCAAGUACAAUGAAAGUCUAUAUUAUCAGUAUCAAUACAAAGUAGACGUGAGUACAAAUUUAGGAGAUCAAGGCCAGAAAGCUACAAGCGAUGAGUCAUCAUUGUUCAUAGAUUCUACGGUUACGUUGUAUUUUAAAACUCCAUGCGAGGGCUAUUUGAAGCUGAGCAAUGCAAGCAUCAGUCAUGAUAGAUCUCAAUAUAACCCUGAGUUUCCAGAUAGAGCCGGGGGAGAAUUUAAGGUUAAUUUGGAACGCCAUGUUUUACGCUUUGCUUUCGACGAUGGGGUUGUUCGAGAAGUCUGCCCUGAUCCCAAAGAAAGUAUAUGGGCACUCAAUAUCAAACGAGGUAUACUGUCGAUGCUGCAGAACACGAUGAUGAGAUUUGAUGUCGAUCGUCGAGUGGACGAACUCGAUGUUAAUGGAAUAUGCGAAACACGUUAUAAACUUCAUGAAGCCAAAAAGACCAGUCUUGUGAUAAGGAAAACAAAGAAUCUUGCUAGUUGUUCCCACAGUAGUAAACAUCUUUCGAUCAUACAAUCACAAACUUACCGAAGUCCUCUGUCUCAAUCUCGAAUUUUAAAACAACCCUUACUGAAAUCCCAUAGCGAGUGUGAGAUCACAAUUGACCAUAACAUCUAUGAACGGGUUAUUUGCAAUGAUUCCCAUCAACUACAGCCACUUUCGAAUGGCAAUAACGCUGGUGUACGAACUGACAUGAGCGCGAGUCUGGAGCUUAUUUCCGAAACUACGGAAAUCAGCAUGGACAUUUUUGAUACUGAUGAUGAUGAGGAUGGGGAUGAUGAAGAUGAAAAAAGCAAUGUUAGCAAAACAGAGGAUAGUGAAACGAAUGACGGUUCUAAGCGUAAAAAUAAAGAAGCUGAUCAUAUUCACACCAAAAGAACCACUUUACUUUACGACCAUGCGAAAACGCCUAGAACCAUUCAUGGUGAAUUGCGUACAUCUAGAGAUCUUUUAAAAAGCAUGUGUAGGCAUGAAGCUGCAGAAGAAGUGCAACAAAGCUUCUCGGAAUUAUUUACUAAGUUUAUUCAUUCAGCCCGAAUGUUAGACUACCCAUCACUGAGUCAAAUGUUCGCUAGAGCCAACAGCAUAUGUAAAAACAGCAGAAAACACAUUAUCGAUGCUCUUCCCUACAUCGGCAGCAACGCUGGAGUAAAAGUAAUGAAAGACCUGAUAAUAAACAAGUACAUAAGCCAGGAGACUUUACACACAUGGGUUACUGCAUUUGCUCUGAUACCUCAGCCAGAUCAUGAAACUCUCAAAUCCCUUGCACCUCUUCUCGACUUUCAAGAGGAGAUGUCGAAUGCUCAAUUCAUUCUAAGUUAUUCUGCAAUAAUACACACAUAUUGCUCCACAGAAAGUACGUGUCUUCAACUGGAACCCAUUACACACUUUCUCUCAUAUGUGGAGAAUAAAAUCGAAAAGGGUUGUGCUCCACGCAGCCAAUCUCGUUCUACGAUUAAAGAGACUUUAGAGGCCUUAAAAGCAGUUGGAAAUAUGGGUGUUGAAACAGAAACACUAGUUGGCAAACUAAGGGUAUGCAUUCAAGAUACAAGUGGAUUUCUGCCAAUGGAAGUGCGCAUAGCAGCAAUUGAUGCUCAUCGUAGGCUCCAGUCUUGUCAAGCUACAAGAGACACAUUCUUCUUAAAUCUCUACCGCAAUUUUACCAUUGAUUCAGAAAUGCGAAUUGCUUCGUAUUUGCAAGUCAUGCGGUGUCCUGAUUAUCGGGUGAUAAAGACGAUCAGACAAACGCUAGAAGAGGAGGAAGUGAACCAAGUUGGGUCUUUCGUAUGGAGCCACUUAAAGAAUUUACUGUCCUCUUCGUCACCUACUAGAGUUGAAAUUCAGAGUCUUUUGACGGACAGGGAUCUUGGUAACAAAUUCAACAGUGAUUUGAGAAAGUUUUCCCGUAAUUAUGACAAUUCCUUCUUUUCGGAGGAAUACAACUUCGGGGCGAACUAUCAAGGAAAUCUAAUUUUCUCACCCAAAUCUUACAUUCCACGACAAGCAACGUUAAACCUCACUGUCGACUUAUUUGGCGAAUCGGUGAAUCUUUUGGAGGUCGACGUACGUAUGGAAGGAUUGGAAUAUUAUGCCGAGAGUAUGUUUGGACCAAGUGGGCCGUUCAGUGGAGAAAAAAUGGGCAAUCACUUCAAGCAGCUCCUCAGACAGUUUAGAUCAGCAUCUGAGGAUGAAGAAGAUUACUGGAAACGAGUAAAGCGAUUACCUAAUGUAAUUGACAACAAUUUUGAUCAUCCGAUGAUCAGUUUAGGGUAUAGAGUUUUUGGAAAUGAACUCAAGUUUACAAUGUUGGACGGUGAUGAAGAAAUAAAGAUUGCUUUAGCCACACUUAAUCCCUGGGCGAAGGUAAAGCAGAUUUUAUCCGGAAAAGAGAUCCACUACGAAAAUACGGCUAUGCUUCUUGAUUCAUCUUAUGUGGUACCGACAACCUCGGGUCUUCCGAUACGUUUAGAUUUGGCAGGGUCUGCUGCAUGCAACCUCAAGUUAUCUGGAUUCCUUGACAGUAAACGCUUAAGCAGCGGAGAAAUUGAAGUAAUUGGAAAAAUUGUACCAAGUGUAAGUUUGGACAUCACGGGAUCAAUGACAACAGAUUCCUUUUACAAAAGUGCAGGAAUCAAAUUGAGAACCAAUGUGUACUCCACAGGAGCAGUGGAAGCUAAUUUAAAUGUCAAGGGACCCCGACUUGUACGCCUUGGUUUGAGUCUUCCCAAUCGUAAAAUGGAAAUUUUUUCGAUGCAUUCAGAUGUGCUCAUCGUAAAAACGAAUGGAGCUGAUGUGAACGAGAAAGCUAUAGGUCUUCUAAUUGCUGAGCAAGAUCAAAAUAAAUUGGAACACUCACAACUGAUUGGAAACGUAAUCAGUAAUACAACUUGUAGUUGGCCGUCGCUUGACAGGCUUAUUGGGCUCAAAAUUUGUGCGGAUUACCAGUUUCCGAAUGUAACGAAAAAUCCCAAAGCUGCUUAUUUCAUACUAAAUGGUCCUACGUUAUUUAAGGUUUCUGUAAUUAAAGCUGACCCCAGUGCAAAGAGUUACAUCUUGGAAUACAAAAUGGAGCGAACAACAAAUGAAAGCUACAUCAGAGUUGCUUUUGAUACACCUGGAUCUCAAAUGAAAAGAGAACUUAGUGCAACAAUUUCUUUUAAUGUACACAACAAUAACGUAACACUAGCUUUGCAGUCAGCUAGCAAUUCAUUUGUAGCGAAAGGUACAUACAAAAGAACAGAUAAUGAGACUUUCCUUGAUGUUGGACUAGAUAUUAAUGGAACAAAGCACUUAGAUGCUAGUGUAGGUUAUUCCAUAAAAAAAGUUAAUUAUGGCUAUACUUACAUACCAAAAUUGUAUUUAGCCAUAAACAGUGAACGAAUUGCCGAACUCUCAGGUAUGAUACGAAAUCAGCAAAAGAAUAACGUAUCUCAGUGUGAUAUUGAUUUGACUUUUCAAACAAAAAAAGUUUGGAGCCGAAUUUUAGGGUACAUUAUGAAAAGGAACAUUAGUUUAUCUGGAAAUGUGAAGAUUGACUACCAGUUGCAAAAGAUGCCAAAAAAGGAAACUCUACAGUUUGAAAUUUCACUAAUAAAUCGAUCCACGAAAACACUGACUUACAAAGAAGCGAAUCUCAAGUUGCACUCCACUGCUUAUCCUCAACUAAAUACUGUAAUAGCUUCUUGGUACCAGCAAGCAAUGGGCCAUCUUGAGCUUCACGCUGAAGUAAAUUCUAGUCCUCAUUUGCAAGACGAUCGGCACAAGCUUGUGGCGCAACUGGUCCUCACUUACUCGAAAGGUUAUUUCCAAAGUCAAGGUGCUAAAAUUAGCGCAUUUGUUGCCCUAACGAAGCCGAUACAAAAUCUUGAUAUUAAAUUAGGAAUGAAUCAUUAUGCUAUUGGAGAUGAAUCUAAAACCACUCUUUUAGUACGAUAUGCUCCAGGUAAGGAAAUUGUUUUGACAUUCAAUAUGAUUACGCCUCGCGGAACUAUGUUUGCCAUUGAAGGGCAUGCAAACUUGACAAUUCCAAAUUUUAAUUCCAUGUUGAUAAGCGCAAGAAUUACAGAAAGAUCUCGCAACGAGUAUGAACUUGAUUUUUCUGGAACGUGGUUUAGUGGCCACAAUAUGACUGUGCGUGGUACUUAUUCAGAUAGAUCAACUGUAUCAAUAAUAAAUCAUAACUUGAAACUUCUCUUAAAAUCUCCAAGCUUUGCGAAAGAUAUAAUUUUGACUGGCAAAUUUUACUACGAUGUUGCCAAUCUCAGAAUUGGGUUGCACAUGGAACAACUGGAUAUGGAUAAGUAUGCCUUAAUUCUGAAUUAUACAGCAUUAUCCUUGGGACGUGUCAGCACUUUCAUAGAAGGAAGAUAUAAAAACAAUAUUUACUCUGUUUUAACAAAAAUCGACACCAAUCGCGAAAUUAGAGCAGAGAUACAUUUAGAUCGGUGGAGAGAUGUUCAUUUGAUAGGGACAGCUAUUAAUGAACUGAAUAACAAGGAAUUAGGUUUUGAAAUUAAGUGGGAUGCUAAUAGAGAUCCAGCUCUUAAAUUUGCGACAAGUAUACAGUUAAACAGGAAUAUCCCAAACUUAUAUUCCAAUGACCAGUCCAGUGAAAAAAAUAUGAGCGCACUCGUUAAAAUCACUUAUCCUGGUCGAUUGGUAACUGGUUCAUGCCUUUUUGCUCUGAAAGAUGUAAACAAUUACGUAAUGGAUGCUCGCCUAAGUUGGGACUCAGACAAGACAGUAGAAUUGACAGUUGAUACGGAUUACAUUUGGCUAAAAUCGCUGAAAUUUGAAUCUCAGCUUCUUACUCCUUUUGAAAAUUGGAAGAAAACUUCUUUGAAUGCAAAAUAUUUGCAAAUAGGAGAAAAACUUAGCUUGAGUGGUAGCGCGUACUGGCAAGAUUCACAACAUGUGUUGAUUGACUUACUAGCUCACACUAAGGAACAUCCCGAAAUAUUGGAAUGGAACGCAAAUUUUGGACUUUCUAGUACAGUUCAUUCCAUUAAAUGGGUAACGGCUAAUCUCACGCACAAACAGUUGUUCGCGCGUGGAACUGAUUCCCAUUUGCUGGUCAAGUACCACCCAGAUAAAAUAAUAGAUAUCAGAAGCAUCUGGCAACUGUACAGAAUAUCAGAUGGCACUUUUAAUCUGACGGGCAACCUGCAUCUUGUCUCGCCGCUGGUCAGUUAUAGGAAAGGAGAAAUGAAAUGUCUCUUGAGUUCCAUGCCAAACUGGAAAUUCUUAGGAGCAGCUAAUAUUGAUCUGGAUAAAAGAAAAUACACAGCAAACAUGAUCGGAGAUUUGGCUCAGUUGAAGGAAUCUAUGAUUGAAUUCAACAUAACGACUCCGAUUGAACGGUAUGCUUACAUACGAGGAAGAUUCGGACUGUCGGAAAGAGACAGACAUAUUGUAGCAGAAGUCAUAAGUCCAGCUGGACCACUUGGAUUUGAGGCCAUUUUUCAAAUACUCACUAGCUCGUAUGAUUUUAACAUAAAAUUGUUAAUAGCAACACCGAUUGAGGCUUUUCAGAAAGCAUUAUUAGUCGCAAAGCUUAAUAAUCAAGAGGCGGACUUCCGCGUGGCAUACAACAAUCUCACUGCUGGAUUCGAGGGUGUUUGGUAUUACGAAGAUAUCACUGACUUCCAAUACACUUAUAUUCUCUAUACACCAGUUCGUGGCAUGCACGAAAUCGGAAUUAUUACGAAACUCGUUGUAACUCACACAGAACCCGAUGGUUAUCUGGAUGUUGACACAGAAUUUUCUUUAAGAUUGGUAGAAUUGAAGGUGGGUGUGAAAGUAAAAUGUGGUCCAAAACCAUCUCCAGUACGAAUUCCAUCUGGAACUGUGUUGAAAGCAAAUUCUGAAGUGGAGCGAGAAUCUGGCCAACUUUUGGAUGUAGAUGAAGAAUAUGAGGAUGAAGAAGAUGACGAAAAUGUUUUCUAUUGGAGAGGUGAAAUUGAGUUAAAUGUAGUAAUAAUCGAACCUAUCACUGGGGUGUUAGAUAUUGACAAGGAAGGCCCCAAGUAUAAAAUUGUUAGUGUCCUCAAGUUGCCAAAAGGUCGAAUAACCUUGGAUGAUAGUUUCUAUAUGGAAGAUUUCUUUAAUAUGAGGAACGACUUGAGUAUAGAAACACCCUUUGAAUGCGCUUCUGAAAUCAACUCCGUUUACAUAUUUAAAUUGCAAGAUUCUAAUAUUUUGAUGCAAAUGGAUAUGAACGUGUCUAAUUAUACUUCAUGGGUUGAGUCAGGAUUUUCGGUAAAUUAUACGACACUUAAAAGUGUAGUAGACAUUCUGAAAAUAUAUUCGCUACAAUUAAAUUUUAAAACACCAUUGCAAUUUUUGAAAUCUGUUGAUACAAUGACAACACUAGAAAUGGAUGAAAAUGAAUACAAAGCUAGUGUAACUAUAAAAGCUCAAGAUUGUCUUGUAAAUCUUGGUGGUUCGCUGGAGAUGGAAGAAGGCUUUGUCGAUGUGGCUGUUACUGCCGAUGUAAAUAGUACAGUACUUACAAUUCCCAAAAUAAAAAUAACGGCAAAAAAAGAUAUGACCGACAAAGAAAGACUGGUUGAAUUUGGCAUUAUUACCGAUAAAUCAGUUGGAAAAUCUGCAAAUUUCAAAGCAUUAUGGCAUGUCGAGGAUCCAAAUUUCAUAAAGGCUUCGAUUGCCCUUGAAACUUGGAUAGAAGUAAUAAAAGUGGUCGAAAUUGACAUUUUAUAUAAUAACACGAUGAAAAAGAACAGUAUCUGCAAGUUAAACCUCUGUCUCAAACAUCAACUAAAUCAAGAAUACAAGUUGAUCGGGGAGUUAAAGAAUGGAACAGUGAAAGCAGAUUUGCACAGUCCCUUAAGACAACGACACUUACAAUUUCAAGGUCAUCUCACUGAAAUUAGUGAAAAUCGUUACAAAGUCGAAGGUGAUUUGCAAAAUACACAUACUUCCACAGUUUAUAACGUAUUAAGUUUUAUUUCCAUGGAAAACGAGCAAUUAUCAGCAGUAGAGAUUACCGCAGCUCCAACAAACAAUGCAUCAGAUCACAAUAAAUAUGUCGUGAAUCUAAAGAGAGAAAACAAUGGAAUAAAUGUCCAAGUUCAAAGUCAUGUUCUGAAUGGGAAUCUUAGCAUGAGUGUUACUAAUGCCUUGAAUUGGAACUUGCAAUCGAAAAUAGAUUCUCUAAACAAUACUAAUCUAUACGAUAUUUAUCAAUUAAACACAUAUAUGAAUGUACAGGUAGAUGGUAAUACGACUUUAUAUGUUUAUGCAAGCACACCAUGUCAAGAUCUCGAAAAAGUCAUGCUUAACGGAAACUUGUUGCUUUCUGAUGAUGGUGGAUAUGUUCGUUUAAAUCAUCAUCUAAAUCGUGAUGACAGCUUCGCAAUACUAGAGUGGAAACUAGCUUACUUAACUGACAUGUUUGGUAAAAUCUUGGCUAGUCAUCAUACUGAUGGAAUUAGUAAUAAAGAGAUUGAUCUACACUUGUUCUUUAAAAACCCUAAACAAGCAUUUAAGAACGUUAAUAUUGGUUUUAACAUCAACAUUGACCAAGAACGUUGGAGACUUGCUACAAACGCUACUGUCGGGAUUCUGGAUGAAGAAAAUGUUGACGUUCUUGUCAGCAUCAGAUUGCCUCCCCCAGACAAUGAUGAUCAUAGAUUUCUGGUUAGCUAUCAUGGGAAUAAAGGAAUUCAAGAUGCAUCCUAUGUCAUCGGUUAUAAUGCCUUGCGAGCAAAAACCAACUACGCUUCUGACGGAUCGAUUAAAAUGGCUGCUCGUGAUAUCGAUGGACAUCUUCGCUUGACGUGGGGAAAUGAACCUACGCAAACAUUGAACAACGUACUCAACGCGACCUUUGAUAAUAAAGGAAUGGAAUUCAAAUAUUCGCUUUACACGCCGUCAUAUUUGCAAGAAGAAACCGUGGUCUUCCUCUUCACGUAUGAUGCUGCGCAUGAUAUUCAUACAGCUAUCGGGGCAGAUUUAUAUUCUCCAGGUCAGAAAAAAAUUGGUUCGACACGCAUUUCAUAUGAAAGUCUUGUAAAUGUGAACGGUACGAUCAAUGCAACAACUCCAGUGCCAACUUUUGCUUUUGUCGGAUGUGAUUUCGUCAUACUAACAACUUUAAAAGAAAAUAAGCGGAUCAUAAAGGCAUUUUGGCCAAAUAACACAGCAUUGCUAGACUCAGAUUACAUAUAUCACAGUGAAAGGUUGGAUUCCACCCUGGAUGGUCAUUUACACAUGGAGAUUCCAUUGAAUACGCGACACAUCGGUCAUCUCACGUACGGCUACAAGAAGCGACCACAAAUCACCAAUGGCUACUCCAAGUUGUUGUACAAUACUCAAGAAGUAUUGAAUGGACAGUAUAAAUCCAAGAGUGAGUCGAGAGGAGGUUUCGAGAAAGAUGAAAUCAAAAUCACCAUAGAAAACAUCUUGAAACCUAUCGGAAUCGUUUACAUCAAUCAGUUUGAGUACAGUGGUGGAAAUGAAGGCACCAACUAUCCGACAACUGAAUUCAAGAAAGUCAAUGUGUUCCGAUUAGACAACAGUUCAGCUUUCAACGUAAUUGGAGAAUCUCGAGUUCAUACAACACACGAUGGCCAAGAAGUAUAUUUAAAAGCUGUUCAUUUCAAUCGGACUGUCCAGUUUCGCACGGAUUAUAAAAUUCUACCCGGUGAAUUUGAUCAGAAUACAUGGCUUAGUUUAGCCGAGGAUGCCUGGGCAUCUUAUCAUGUUAAUAUUGUCAAUAAGACCACGGAUGACGUUGAAAAUCAGUUUCUAGUGCUAGGUUUAGUUUAUCCGAAAAGAAAUUUUACUCUCAAUGGAUCCUAUUUAGUAACAAGUUCCGAAUUGAACUCUGAGGCGCAUCUAAUUUGGAAUCAUGAUCAAUCAAGUACCCGAACUCGUACUCUUGGGUCAUCUUUUUCAUGGCAAAAUAUCUCCUCCAACGGCGAAACAUUUCAACAAGAGGCGGUUUUAAGCUUGAAACAUCCCAGCUUUCAGAAAGAUGUCACGUUCACGGGUCAAGUUAUUAAGCGAGAUGCUAGGGAAUUGCUUAACACAUCAUUGCUUGUCGAUUAUUCUACAGAUAAACGCAGGCUAUUGAAUGUUUCUGCCGCCUUAAGAGAUGAAAGCAAUUUACCGAUGGAUCGCAAGUAUAGCUACAAAAUUUUUGGUACUCAUCCCGGAAUAAACUUGCACCUCGAUCUAAAAGGAUUUAUACAUCGACACUCGUCGAACCUUUUUGAAACUAAAAACAGUGUUGUUUACCGACGCGGGAAUUCGGAAGAGGAAACAGGACAACUAGUUGGUCGUAUUGAUAUUGGUAAAAAUGAGAUUCUAGUACAUCGUGAAAACACUGAUCCAGACCAUCCCAAACGCCUCAACGUCAAGUACCUCAAUCUAACUUACAGCGGAUCUUAUCCGGAAUACACCCUAAACGGAAGUGUUAUUAAUUCUCCUGAUCUUAAUGCAACUGGUGCAUUCUUUUUGAAUUUUGAUGACAAACUCACAUGGACGAUGGUCAAUUACACGCCUGAUGCUGUAGAAAGUUUACGGAUGUAUGGAAACAUACCUGAUGCUCGAAACGCUGCUUUCGACAUUUGGAGAACUUAUGAUGAAGAUCUUAUUGUCUCAGAUGUUACUUUUUACCUACGGUUAAAUCACUCAAGACUUGUUACUUCAACUUUACGAUGGAGACCUGAGCUCAAAGCGGAUGUAAUAGAUUCUAUUAAAACUAAAAUAACUAACAUAUAUGAACAAAUAAGUGGUGAUGUCGAUUAUUGGAGACACACAGUAAGAUCUGAAACUGUCCACAUUAUAUCUCAAGUCUGGGAAAACGCUCAAGAUGAAUUAGAUGACUUCUUGUAUGAUUGGAAUGAACUAAAAAUUGUUGAACAAGAUUUUCAAGCGCUGAAAUUAUACUUGAAUAAUUCUUACAAUGCAAACGAUUUCUAUAUAAAAGAUGUUGUGGCUCUUGGAAUUUAUGUGAUAGAUGAACUCUCAUUGCGUAGUCACAUUCAGUCCUUGCCAAACAUUUUAAAUGAAAUUUGGGAAAUUAUGGGUGAAUCCGGAGAAGCUCUUCGAAAUUCUUUAGUUUGGAUUAUCGAGGCAAUUAAGAACGCCUAUCAGAAGUUGUCAGAGAUUAUCAGUGCAAUUUUAAAAGGUGAAUCUGUGACGCAAAUAGCUCAUAUUGUGGAGAAUCUUGUCGAAAAAUACGACAAGUUCAUAAAAGAUCUUCAUGUUUCCUUCAUCAAAUAUAUUGAAAAUCUCUGGACUAGAAUCUCUAUCUCCAUCUCACAACAGUGGCACAAAUUUUUGAAGCUUCUCGAGCCAAUGUUUAUACGCGUAAUUCACUAUCUCGAAACAGUUGUAUGGAAAGCAAGCAAAGAGGUAGUGGAUUUUUUGUAUGAUCGAAGAAACGAGAUCAUGACAUCCCCCUAUUUCGACAGAUUUACGAAUUUUACACAAGACAUAGAUAAAUUUUACAGAGACAUAAAAGCAAACGACAUUGUAACAAACGUUCAAAAAUAUUCGACUCUCGUUAUUCAGUUUAUACAAGAACGCUAUUUCACUUUCGUGCCGUUUGGAAAAGAAUUAAAGGAUGUUGUUGAUGAGAUAAUAUCCGAGUUGAAGGAACUGAGGAAAUUGCCCUCUGUACAUUACGCCCUCGAUAAAAUGAAUCAGGUCUAUUCGAAGAUAAACGAAAUGUACGAAUAUUUUGAAGUCAGGGCUAAGCUUGAAACUACGGUACGACUGAUGCACUCGAAAUUAAUGGACAUAAGUCAAACAGCUCUUCAAGCGGAAAGUCGUUAUAGGGAAGCAAAAACAAAAUUCAUAUUUGAUCCAAAUCGAGGUUUAAUGUGUUAUGAACAAAAACUUCCAAUGUCUUGGCAUGCAUUUAAUCAAACACCUGAAUUUCAAGAAAUUCCAGAAUACAGAGCGAUCACUGACAUGGGAUCUUACUUUGUCACUUCUAAUGCUACUUUCUGGACUUUGUAUUAUCAGUUUAAACCUUACACAGAACCAUCCAAUUGGCUUCCACCAUUCAAAGCUCAAGCAAUGAUCGUUGGCUCUCAAUAUUACGUCACCUUUGAUGGUCAUUUUAUUCAGUUUGCUGGAAAUUGUACUUAUUUACUCGCCCGUGAUUUUCUUCGAGAUGAAUUUGCUGUUCUAGUUAGAUAUAAUAAAGAUGACGAGACUACACAUCACCAAAUUAUUGUAUUAAUCGGAAAGAAUCCAAUCAUUGUGGAUUUGUUUAAAGACACUGUCAACUUGGCAAAUACCGAUGUCACUCUACAGUUACCCAUAGAACUUGCAAAUGGUACUGCUUUCGUUUACCAAGAAGAGAGUAUCGUAGUUGUGGAGCGCAAGGAUAAGCAAUUCAAAUUGCAAUGUAAUUUAAAAUACGAUAUGUGUACUUUAGAGUUAUCUGGUUGGUAUUACGGAAAAACCGCUGGAUUGCUGGGAACAAUGAAUAAUGAACAGAUAGAUGACCAAAUGACAUCCGACAAAAUCGUUGAGACGGAUGUUGGAACAUUCGCACAAAGUUGGGCUCUGGAUCGCGAGCAAUGUAGUAGCGCUGCCAAUCGUGCCAUUACCAGAGAUAAUGGUCCCGCAAGUUUCUGUCAAGAUCUUUUUGUUAACAGGAGUUCAGAUUUCGGUUCCUGCUUCAAUGUAGUAAAUCCAGACCAUUAUGGCGAGCUUUGUCUAAAUAGCGCCAAUGAACUGGAUGCAUGUACAAUCGCAAUGACAUACAUGCAGGCCUGCAUGUUCUACGAUACGUAUUUGAGAAUCCCAGACAAAUGCACAGCAUGUUCGAUGAAUGAUGGCUCUCACGUGCCGGAAGGUGAAUUCAAAAAACUUGAAGGUGCACUCAUUCCUAGGACCACCGACGUUGUAUUCAUUGUUGAAGCCAAAGAGUGUAACAGGGAUAUUAGAAGUACUCACAACCUGGAUCACUUGAUCACUCAAAUCAAUAAGGAGCUAACUGAUCAGAAUCUGAUCGAUAAUCGCUGGUCACUUGUCAUAUUUGGAGGCGAUGGUGUUUAUGACCAGCCAAGGAGUUUGAUACUUGACAGCCAGAUUUUUGCCAAGAGCGCGGUGCGCUUUGUUGAUUAUUUUAAUCGCAUUCCAGUAGGAAGUGGGAACCAAGAUAUAUUUGCUGCAAUAGGUUUUGCUUCGCAACUUGUUUUUAGGCCCGGAGUUUCCAAGACGUUCAUUCUGAUGCCUUGUACUCAUUGUGAACUUCAGAAUCAGACGCUCGACUAUUCAGUUUUACAUCAAGUAUUAUUGGAACAUGACAUAACACUGCACAUACUUAUGGACGGUGACUUUCAAUUUGAAAAAGGUAGACUCAACAAAAUAUUUUACGGUUUAGAUGCAUCAAAAUCGUACACGAAAAAAGAUUCUCGUACCUUAUUGGGCAACGUGGAUUUAAGAAGGCAAGUUAAGUUACCCAAAAGUGCUUUAGGUUACUGUACGCCACUUUCCCUGGAAUCCAACGGCACCAUAUUCAGUGGAAAUAAAUUACGAUUUGGUAAGACACCAGCUAUAAAAAAAUUCGCCAGUGUCUUCGCCAAAAGGUUAGCAAUAUCAGCGGGACCAAAUCCAUGUCAACACUGUGAAUGUACAGCUGAUAACGAUGGGAUCACGAAAAUGGAGUGCAUGCCGUGUGUCUAUCCAACACCUGUAACUGUGGAUUACGUGAGUGAGACUUUUGAUGAAGAUGAGGCUCUAUCAGCACUACAGCCUACGGACAUAGACUAUGAUCAAACUGACGUCGAUGAAGAUUGACAUGUCAUAAAAAAACUGCGUGCUAUAAAUAAUGUAAAAGCAUCAGUAUAAUUUAUUUAAGGAAAUUACACUUCAUUUCUUCAUACUGUAUCAUUGUUUUAAAAAAGUGUUUGAAAAUUCUACUCACUUUACAAUAGAAGAUUACCAAUCAUAAAUUUUAGUUUCAGUUCAUAAUUUUUUUAAUAAAAGCUGAGUAUCAAUUUAACAAAGCAGUAAUACGCGAUUUUCUCUCGUUUUAGAAAAAAUAGAUUUUGAAAUUUUCGCCCCAGCACAGCUAGUAGCGCUUCGGUUUCAUAGCUGGAAGGAUUAGUGUUCGAUUCUUGCUGUCUGCACUUUUUUUAUUUAUGAAAAUGUUUAUAAAGUUAAAAAAGGCAUUACAAAAUUAUUAUUUGCAUAAUUUUUGAAGAUUAUUGAAGGAAAUUAUAUUUAUAAACACUUUAAUAAAUAAAAAAAGUUCAAACAGCUGGAAUCGAACAUGCAUCAUUCCGGAUAUAAAGCCGAAGCACCUGUCUGAGCUACCGGUCUCUUGAAAACUCGUUUUUGCGAAAACGACGAAAAGGUCCCUUAGCAAAUGAAUACUCAAAUAAUAAGCUUUCAUUUUAAAAAUUAUGAACUGAACCUAAAAUUAAAAAUUGGUAGUUUCGACUUUUUAAUCAAACUUAAAAGGCCAAAUGCAAUUAAAUAAAUCUGCACUCUAUGGCAAUAAAUAACUCAGUAAAGAAACUUCCAAUAAAGUGAAAUUUAAAUUAUGACAAAUCGAAUUAUAUUAACGGAAAUCAAAAUUUAUAGAAAUAAUUUGUCAAAAUAAAAAAUACGGCUAUAUUUUGUAUGGAUCCCUAGUGUAAUUAUGAAAAAUUCAUCAUAUAUAUUUCUAGUUAUAUGUAUAAGACGAACAAUUGUAUGUAUAGAUAUUUUGAGAAAUUUUGACAUUAUUCUUCGUAAAGAUUAAUUAAUUAAUUAUCAAUUAUUAAUUUGAAUUGAUAAAGUAUAGACAUCUAUUUAUUAAAUCCAGUUGAUAUGAUACUAGUUAUUCUUUUUCUGUAUGUAUAAAUCAUGUAAAUUAAGAAAACCAUUAAAAUAAAUAUGUACUUAG